GCACUUUGAAUCGCUGUCUUUUUACAGCAUGGACAGCAGGUUGCUAACAACUUGCCUUGGGACUUCCUGUGAGUUCAUUUUUUGGGAUUUUAUGACAGAUUUGCUAGUGGUUCCUUUUUGUGAGUUGAUGUUCUGAAGUUACUGUCACAAUGAGUUCAGGCCUAUGGAGCCAAGAGAAAGUUACUUCACCCUACUGGGAAGAACGGAUUUUUUAUCUCCUUCUUCAAGAAUGCAGUGUAACAGACAAACAGACACAGAAGCUCCUAAAAGUGCCCAAAGGAAGUAUAGGACAGUACAUCCAAGACCGUUCUGUGGGGCAUUCAAGAGUUCCUUCCGCAAAAGGCAAGAAAAAUCAGAUUGGAUUAAAAAUCUUAGAGCAACCACAUGCAGUUCUAUUUGUUGAUGAAAAGGAUGUUGUAGAAAUCAAUGAGAAAUUCACAGAGUUACUGUUGGCAAUUACCAACUGUGAGGAGAGGCUCAGCCUAUUUAGAAACAGAAUUCGACUAAGUAAAGGCCUCCAAGUAGAUGUGGGCAGCCCUGUGAAAGUACAGCUGCGAUCUGGGGAAGAGAAAUUUCCAGGAGUUGUACGCUUCAGAGGACCUUUAUUAGCCGAGAGGACAGUGUCGGGGAUUUUCUUUGGAGUAGAAUUGCUGGAAGAAGGUCGUGGCCAAGGUUUCACUGAUGGAGUGUAUCAAGGGAAGCAGCUUUUUCAGUGUGAUGAAGACUGUGGUGUGUUUGUUGCAUUGGACAAGCUGGAACUCAUAGAAGAUGAUGACAACGGAUUGGAAAGUGAUUUUGCAGGCCCAGGGGAUACAAUGCAGGUUGAACCUCCUCCUUUGGAAAUAAACUCCAGAGUUUCUUUGAAGGUUGGAGAAAGCAUAGAAUCUGGAACAGUAAUAUUCUGUGAUGUUUUGCCAGGAAAAGAGAGUCUAGGAUAUUUUGUUGGUGUGGACAUGGAUAACCCAAUUGGCAACUGGGAUGGAAGGUUUGAUGGAGUACAGCUUUGUAGCUUUGCAAGUGUUGAAAGUACAAUUCUUCUGCACAUUAAUGACAUCAUCCCAGAUAGCAUGACACAGGAAAGGAGGCCUCCCAAACUAGCCUUUAUGUCAAGAGGUGUUGGUGACAAAGGUUCAUCUAGUCAUAAUAAACCAAAGGUUACAGGAUCUACCUCAGACCCUGGAAGUAGAAGCAGAUCUGAAUUAUUUUAUACCUUAAAUGGGUCAUCUGUUGACUCACAACAAUCCAAAUCCAAAAAUCCAUGGUACAUUGAUGAAGUUGCAGAAGACCCUGCAAAGUCACUUACAGAGCUGUCUCCAGACUUUGGACAUUCAUCAUCACCACCACAACCUCCUUCCAUGAACUCCUUAUCCAGCGAGAACAGAUUUCACUCUUUACCCUUCAGCCUGACAAAGAUGCCCAAUACCAAUGGCAGCAUUGCUCAUAGUCCACUGUCAUUGUCAGUGCAGUCUGUGAUGGGGGAGCUGAACAGCACACCUGUCCAGGAGAGUCCACCCUUGCCCAUCUCUUCUGGUAAUGCACACGGUCUAGAGGUGGGCUCACUGGCUGAAGUGAAAGAGAACCCCCCAUUCUAUGGGGUUAUCCGUUGGAUUGGCCAGCCACCAGGGCUCAGUGACGUGCUAGCUGGACUGGAACUGGAAGAUGAAUGUGCAGGCUGUACGGACGGAACUUUCAGGGGCACUCGCUACUUCACCUGCGCCCUGAAGAAGGCGCUGUUCGUAAAACUGAAGAGCUGCAGACCCGACUCUAGGUUUGCGUCCUUGCAGCCUGUUUCUAAUCAGAUUGAAAGGUGUAAUUCUUUAGCAUUUGGAGGCUACUUAAGUGAAGUAGUAGAAGAAAAUACUCCACCAAAAAUGGAAAAGGAAGGUUUAGAGAUUAUGAUUGGAAAGAAGAAAGGUAUCCAGGGCCAUUACAAUUCUUGUUAUUUAGACUCAACUUUAUUCUGCUUAUUUGCUUUUAGUUCUGCCCUGGACACUGUGUUACUUAGACCCAAAGAAAAGAAUGAUGUAGAGUACUAUAGUGAGACUCAAGAGCUACUAAGGACAGAGAUAGUUAACCCUCUGAGAAUAUAUGGAUAUGUGUGUGCCACAAAAAUUAUGAAACUGAGGAAAAUACUUGAAAAAGUUGAGGCUGCAUCAGGAUUUACCUCUGAAGAAAAAGAUCCUGAAGAAUUUCUAAAUAUCCUGUUUCACGAUAUUUUAAGGGUUGAACCAUUGCUAAAAAUAAGAUCAGCAGGCCAAAAAGUUCAAGACUGUAACUUCUAUCAGAUUUUUAUGGAAAAAAAUGAGAAAGUUGGAGUUCCUACAAUUCAGCAGUUACUAGAAUGGUCUUUUAUCAACAGCAACCUGAAAUUUGCAGAGGCACCAUCAUGCUUGAUUAUCCAGAUGCCUCGGUUUGGAAAAGACUUUAAGCUAUUUAAAAAAAUUUUUCCUUCCCUGGAAUUAAAUAUAACAGAUUUGCUUGAAGACACUCCCAGGCAAUGCCGCAUCUGUGGAGGACUUGCAAUGUAUGAGUGUAGAGAGUGCUAUGAUGACCCCGACAUCUCAGCAGGGAAGAUAAAGCAGUUCUGUAAGACCUGCAGCACUCAGGUUCACCUCCAUCCCAGGAGGUUGAAUCAUACAUAUCAUCCAGUAUCACUUCCCAAAGACUUGCCUGACUGGGACUGGAGACAUGGCUGCAUCCCCUGUCAGAAGAUGGAGUUAUUUGCUGUUCUCUGCAUAGAAACGAGCCACUAUGUUGCUUUUGUGAAGUAUGGGAAGGAUGACUCUGCCUGGCUCUUCUUUGACAGCAUGGCUGAUCGAGAUGGUGGUCAGAAUGGUUUCAACAUUCCACAAGUGACACCCUGCCCGGAAGUGGGAGAGUACUUGAAGAUGUCUCUGGAGGACCUGCACUCUUUGGAUUCCAGACGGAUUCAAGGCUGUGCACGUAGACUUCUUUGCGAUGCAUACAUGUGCAUGUACCAGAGUCCAACCAUGAGCUUGUACAAGUAACCAGGUCAUCUGAAAUGGGCAGAGACCGAGCACAAAGCUUAGCGCUGUGUUUUCCUCCAGCUGGUGGUUCUGUCUGGCGCCCAUUGCCGGCAAUGGGUGUCUUUUGUGGUGAUGGCCCUUCAGCAAAGGAUUCCUGUGUUUCCAAACAAAUUGCUUUUGUGUUCUUGAAGUAUUUAAUAAGAAGCAUUUUGCACUCUAGGAAGUAUGUUUGUGUUGGUUUUUUAAGAAUCUAAAUGAAGUUAUUAAUACCUGAAACUUUUAAGUUAACUGCAUUGAUGAUAUGAUAUUUUUGGAAGCAUAUAAUUUUAAUUGUGACGUCUAAAACCUCUUUUAGUCCAUUGAGGAUGUAAAUAAAUAUCUCUUCUUAUGGACCAAGGAUAUGAAAUAAAUUUUCUUUUGUAGCUAUUGAUUGCCUUGAGGAAGAAAUAAUACGGUUUUAUUAAGAGUCUACCUUUACUUCAGUUAUUGGAGGUGUGCUGAGUUUAAUUGUUAAUUUUUACUAUAUAGUGCUGAUUUCCUGCAUGUCUGUAUUUUGCCGAGUGUCUAUGUUUCUGAAGCAGUGGUCAGAACAUGCUGAAAUUCCUUUUGUGGUGUUAUUUUCUAUUUGUUCUGGUUUUGAGAUAAGUGAGUGACUUUGUUAUAAAAUGUCAAUUUUUGAUGUCAUCUUCUUGGAGGAUUAGGGUACAUAGCAAUUGGAGCAUUUCAGUCAUAGUAACAACUGGUACCUAACAGGUUUUCUAUAGGAGCUCUUAAGUAUUUAUGGAACAAGGCACAGUGAUUUCUGAAAUGACUGGAGUGGUAAGUAGAUAAUAUAUUCUUAUACAGAUACACACUCCAGGGAAAAAAAAGUUGGCUUAGAGACAUUACUAACAUUUCCCUGAAAAGUUGUAUUAGAUAUUUAAAACUCAUUUCAAAUAAAUUAUUUUUAAUUUAA